AUGAUGACAGGGGAGGACUACUAUGAGAAUCCGUAUGAAAGUUUUAUGAGAAAACACCUUCAGCACUAUGGCUAUUACACUGGCAAAAAUCAGAAUUACAAGAGCCAGUUCCAUCAGUAUGCAGAGUGGGAAAAGAACUACGCCUACAGUCUCAGCACUGACAGCAGUUCAGAUUCUGACUCCAAUGAUGAUGAACAGAAUGCUG